AUGGGAGAAAAGAAAUACCAAUGCCCAGAAUGUGGAAAAACCUUCAAGAGAAGUGAACAUCUUCAAGGCCAUUUAAAAAUCCACUCAGGAGAAAAGGAAUAUCCAUGCCCAGAAUGUGAGAAAUACUUUAGAACCAAAGACCUUCUUAAAAGCCAUCUAAAAAUCCAUACAGAAGAAAAACCUUAUAAUGCUUUGAGAUCCACUCAGGAGAGAAAAUCUCAUAAAUGCAUUGAGUGUGGAAAGGAAGCUUCAGUUCGGAGGAGCACCUUUAUCAACAUCAAAGGAAAGUUCCACUCAGGAGAGAAACCUCAUAAAUGCCUGGAGUGUGGAAAGGGGUUCAGUCAGAGAGCCACCUUUAUACACAUGAGAGGAUCCACAACAGGAGAAAACCUCACACAAUGCCUGGAGUGUGGAAAGAGUUUCAGAUCCAAUUCAGGAGAGAAACCUCAUAAAUGUCUGAGUGUGGGAAAGAGCUUCAAUCGGAAGGAGCAAACCUUUAUCAACAUCAAAGGCGCCACACAGGAGAAAAACCUCAUAAAUUCCUGUAGUGUGGAAAUAGUUCCUAGGAGAGGUGGAAGUCUUUAUAACCAUCAAAGAAUCCACAUGGGAGAAUAA